UUACAGAAUCUGAAAAAUUGUUUUCCCACAUCUCGAAUAACCACGGAUCUUCCUUUAAAAGUGUUUGGUUGUGUCUGUUAUGUAAAUAUACCAAAUGUUUUUUCGAUCAAAACUGGAUCCAAAAGCUGAAAAAUGUGUGUUUCUUGGUUAUGCAUCUAAUAAAAAAGGGUACAAAUGCUUUAAUCCAGUUACAAAAAAAUUUUUUGAGAGUAUGGAUGUACACUUUGUUGAGGACCAACUUUUCUUUCAAAAAAAUUCUCUUCAGGGGGAGAACAUAAGUAAGGAAGAUAAUUUUUGGGAAACUUUACCUAUUCUAAAAGAAUUUAUACCUUUGAUUAAUUUUGAUAAGCAAGUUUCGGAAACAAUUGUUGAAAGAAUGGAACCUAGUGAUAGUACUCUUAAAUCUAAAUUUGCCAGAUACUACGUUAUCAGAGACUGGGGGAGAAGUACUUUAAACGGAUCACAAUUCUCAUCCUGAGCUUCAGUUUUAUACCAGGAAGAGGUUUCACAAAAGUACUACUGUUCCAGUUGUUCCUACAAUAGAAGUCCAAUCCAAUUUACCGAGUGAAGGUCUUACAACUCAGAGCUCAUCUGGAAGGUUUCUUGAGGUGCUUGGCAGAAAGAAAAUUGCAGACACAGGAAGGACUAUUUUGUGUCAUAUUGGCUUGUUUUUGUUCUAUCCAUGGAAUACAGUUCAGUGGAAGAUGUGCAUGAUAAGAAUAAAGACGGCAUGCAAAAUGAAGUAGUAGAAUCUGAUGAUCAAGAGAUGAAUGUGGAAGAUGCCCCAAGAAACCUAUCCGAUGUCAAAGAUGUUGAAAUUAACAUGAUGGAUACCGAAAUUGAGGACAGUGUUGCAGGUAAUGCUGCAUUAGGGGAAGGGGAUACUCUAGGGGAAGUAAACAUGGAGGCCUCCAUAAUGCCUGAUGAUGUUAUCCGAGCUGGUGGCUUUGGAGCCCGAGAUGACAUCAGUAGCUUUCUUCCCGUCGCAAUUGAUUCAACUGAUUUUGAAGCUUCUCUUCGUGAUGCCCGAGAUUAUGAAGAACCACAGGGAGAAAUAUGCAGGCCAGGUCUAGGGUGGAAAGAUGCUUCCGAGACAGAAGAGAGUUGAUGCUGUUGUUUAUUUAACCAAGGUUCAGUGAGUUCUGGUUUUUGUUGUAUAUAAAACAUGCAAGCAAUUGUCAGAUUUCAGUCGUCUAAUGACUUCUGCUUUUUGUUGCCUUUGUCCUUGGAAGUAUACUUAUAUUACAUGAUUAUAUAAAUUCGGUUUGCUUAAAUCGUCCUACUUAAA